CGCAGACUCAGUAUCCGACUCCUCGUACGACCCGCUCCCCCCGAUCCGACUCGCCUUCUUCGCCCUCAUCAGGCCGCCAUUAAUACCACCACCGCCUGCGCCCUCCUGUUCCUCCCCUUCCACCACGAGCCCCAAUCCAGCCGAAUCGAACCCCCGUUCCGCCGCGAGAUCGAGAAGAUCAGCAUCCGUGCGUACCGCGGACCGUCGACGCGCGCGAUCGAUUGCUGUUAAUCUGAGCACCAUGUCGGCGGCGGCGGCGGAGGCAGGCGGCGAGCAGGCGCAGAGGCCCAAGGCCGGCAACGGCAACGGCAACGGCAACGGCAACGGCAACGGCAACGGCGGCGGGAGCAGCAACCGGAUCCAGGUGUCCAACACCAAGAAGCCCCUCUUCUUCUACGUCAACCUCGCCAAGAGGUACAUGCAGCAGCACACCGAGGUCGAGCUCUCCGCACUCGGCAUGGCCAUAGCGACAGUUGUGACCGUGGCGGAGAUUCUGAAAAACAAUGGUUUCGCCUUCGAGACAAAGAUUAGAACAUCCACUGUGGAAAUCAAGGAUGAAAUGAGAGGGCGACCAAUCCAAAAGGCUAAGAUUGAAAUAGUGCUGCGGAAAAGCGACAAGUUUGAUGAGUUGAUGGCCGCAGCUGCGGCUGAGGCAAGCGUAGCAGAUGGCGAGGAGUAGACCUAGAAUUUAUCAUGCGGACAAGCAAGGAUUUUGUUUUUCUUAUGUUAGUUUUGGUUAUAUAUAUAUAGGGUGGCUGCGUUGCAGCGUUUGGGGAUAGAGGGCGAGUUAUUGGGUGUUCAGUAAUUGACCAAUGUGAACCUCCAGAUUUUGUUGAACAUAUAUGUUUCAUUUAUUCAAUAUGCACGCCACAGUUUUUGCUA